AGUCCUGCCUCCUCACAGUUACAAAGACAUCAGGGAGGCCUGUAGAAAUAGUACCAUCACCAUUAAACUAAUGCUAAGUAUUUAUCUCUCCACAUAUAUGGCUAAAAGGAUGAGCAUUGUGUAGCAGCUAAUGCCCAUCACUAACAGGAGACUUACUGUUAUCUCCUGUCUACAUUCACUGAGGUUUCCUGGAGUGAGGAUCUGAUUCCCUUGUGUGAAUUGUCUAGGAGGAAAGCCAAAGCCCUGGACCUUACUCACACUUGAGAAAAACCUUGGACUUUACUAAAAACCGUGGACCAUACCAAGACAAAAACAUUGGACCUACUAAGACAAGAGCCUUACCAACAGAAGAGCCUUGGAUCAAGAAGAAGAGCCUUGGAUCUAGAAGAAGAUCCUUGGAUCUAGAAAAGCCUUGGACUCAAGGCUUACUAAGACAAGACUUUGGAAAGCUUUGCACAGAAGAAGACGAUGAGUUUUGACAGUGUUCCCUCCAGGUCAGAGGUGAUGGGGUGGAACGCACGUAGUCUAGCCGACUAUAUGAAGAGGCUGAGGCUGUCCAGCUGUGACAAAGUGGUGAUGAAGACUAGCAUGAACGGAGCACGCUUUCUGAAGAUGAAAGAUGGCGACCUUCAGAAGUUUCCCACCAUUCAUAUUCCAGUCAUCACUGAGAUCUGUAGUGAGAUCAACAGGAGUGAAGAGGAGAGGGGGUUCAGUCAGAGAUCAAGGGAACCUAAGAGACAUCAACAAGAUUUUGUACAAGAGGAAGAUGAAGCCUGGGAUUCAGAAACGUUUGAUAUGAGUGAUAAUGACUAUGAGAACCCUGAUGAGGACGACAGUUAUAUCUGUGCCUUGUCUGACCGCCUGCCACCUGCAGAGGGAGAGGAGGAAGAGGGGAGUGAUGGUGACUAUGAGCCUCCUCCGUCAGCUACAGAGGAGAUCCCCCGCCUCCUCAAUCUCCCUAAGCCCCUAGGGAACAGUGACUAUAUAGAUUCCGUGCGUGGAGGUCCGUCAGGAACUCUUCCUACUGGAAGGAUUCCGAGACCACCCCAGCGCCCUGGUCCUCAGGCUCUGGCCACCAGCCAUAACACACUGGCCAGACCUCCCACAUCCAGACUAGACCCCUCCCCUCAGAGGCCAUUCAAAGCUGCAGGUAAACGCCCUUCUGUCCCCAUGGUUGACCGAAGCAAGAAGCCUGGACAGCCCGCUCCCACCAAGAAACAACAUCACACAAACACCAAAACAACUCCUACAAGAGAGUGCAGUCCAUUCAGCUCUCCCCAGCCCGCCAUAGUGAAGCCACCUCAACUAAAGGGCCCAAAGUCACCAGACUAUAGACCCAGCUCCAGUAAACCUCCUUCAAUGGUCCCCAACACAAUGCCAGGCACAGAGAAGGACAUUGAUCCUGAGUGGUAUGGAGGACUGGUGACCAGAGGCCAGGCUGAAGCAUCUCUCAGAUGGGUUAACAAGGAUGGAGCGUUUCUGGUGAGGGACAGUUCCAAGGGUUCUUCUGAGCAGCCCUACACCCUCAUGGUGCUGAACCAAGGCAAGGUCUACAACAUCCAGAUACGUCACCAAGGCAACACAUACCACCUGGGCACCGGCCUCAUGGGUAGCGAGAGUUUCCCAGGAGUGGAGGAGAUAAUAGAACACCACACAUACACCCCUCUGCUGCUCAUAGACAUGGAGAAUGGAACUGGAGCACAGAGCCAGUGCUGCCUGCUGCACCCUGCACCACUCUGACCAGAACUAGCAGCACACGAAACACUGUGUGUGUGUGUGUGUGUGUGUGUGUGUGUGUGUGUGUGUGUGUGUGUGUGUGUGUGUGUGUGUGUGUGUGUGUGUGUGUGUGUGUGUGUGUGUGUGUGUGUGUGUGUGUGUGUGUGUGUGUAUGUGAAGUUGCAUGUCGUAAGUUAAAUGUAUUGAAGUUGUACAUAUUAUACUGGUCAUUUAAAAUAUACCUGUAAUGUUUAGAUUGUGAUCAUGAAACAGAGAAAUAUGUACGUGAAUUUCUCUUUGAUAAGAAGCUAUUUUUGUUUCUUUUGACCAUUUUAAUUGAAAACAAUCACAGUAAGGUGCUUAAAUUGUUAUCCAGAGAGGAUUUGAUAUGGAGAUAAACGCUGCAUUGGAUCUUUAACACAUCGCAGGUUGCCGUUUAUUGUCAUGAAUCUUGUCUUGGAGGCAGAACAGAUUAUUUUCCUCUAGAUGGGGUAGCUGCAAAGUCAAAAUUGGCUACAUCAUAGAAUGUUAUGAUAUAUUUUCUUUAUUUUUUGGUCUUAAUUUAAGGUUAGGGUUAGCAGUGUGACUACUCUGCAGAGCUGCCUCCAGGGAUUGAUUCAUGAUAAUAAAUGCUCUGGAUAAGAGCGUCUGCUAAAUGACUUAAAUGUAAAUGUAAAUCAUAAACUAAUCAAUGGGCCUUUCCAUUCUAUGCUGUUGCUGCUGUGUUGAUCAUCAGUUUCCCAGGAGUGAAGAAGAUGAUAGAACAGCACUUUUUCUGUACAGCACUUUGAGAUAUCAGCUGAUGUACGAAGGGCUAUAUAAAUAAAUGUGAUUUGAUUUGA